AUGCUUUGCUUGGCUGCUGCAAAGUUGAAACAGCACGAUCAACGCAUUGUGCUACCACUACCAACACCAAUAGACGCAGUGCUUGUGCCAUGGAGCUGUACAUCCAUCUAUUCAAACCAGCAUGAAAACAACAAAAGCAGGCCUUGUAGUAUCUUACAUGCGCGUGCGGCCUAUUCCGUCCGCAAUAAACUCCACAUCCACUCUUUGACGCCGUCUUCAGCGAGUCAGCAUCGCCAAUUGCUCCAGCCGCGUUGCCGCCCAGCAGCAGUCACAAAGAAAUCACCAAUAGAUGUCAAAUUAUCGCAUCCCCAAGGGAAAAGGAAUCAAACGUAUCAGCAUAAUGCCUCGUUGUAUCAAAUUCAUUGGCCCUAA